CACCCCCCCACCUCCUCCUCCACCACCGCCCACCUCCUCCACCACCGCCUUCUCCUUUGUAUGGUCCUCCGCCACCCCCUCCACCACCGCCUCCGCCUUUUGUAUGGUCCUCCGCCACCCCCUCCACCACCGCCUCUGUAUAAACCCCCGCCACCUCCUCCACUACCUCCAUAUAAGCUACCCCCACCACCACCACCUCCCCCUCUGUACGGACCACCACCUAUAGCACCUCCUCUUUACCUCCCACCGCCUCCACCUCCAGCCCCACCUCUACCGUAUCCUUCUGCACCUGCUCCUCUACCGCCAGCUGGAUUUCCGUACGCCGCUUCCGCACCUGCGGCUCCUAUAUACGGCUCCUGUUUGCAGCAAGAAAUAACGUGCCCACAAUGCAUGUUGGGUUUACCGGAGAAUUUCGAAAGUGUUUUCUGCAUGUCUCCUUUUGCAAUGCUGGUGGCUAUAGGAUUAGACAAAGAUUCCCCUCCGAGCGAUGCCAAAAUCUUAAAAGUUCUUCCCUUCGUAGCCAAGAAGGCAUCUCUUUUAGAGGUAGUCUCUUCUUCCGAAGGACAUUCAUACUACAUUGAGGUGACGCCUUCUGAGGCCGCUUCUCGAAAAGAAGCUCCAACUCCACAAGAUUCGUGCUACAGAACAAAUGUGAGAGGAUUGUACGAUAUAACAAACGUGAAUUCGCCUUACGAAAAAAUUGUGGAUUUUGAAAUCUACUUUCCCUUGUCAUGUGAAUGCAAAGCAUUUGACUUCAGUCCAGCAUACGGCAUUUUGUUGUCAACCGUUCGACCAGAGUUACCUCAAACUGUGAUACCGCUUCAGCUGAACGAGAAUUUCGUCUUCAUCAUCCUACCUGCUGGAGAAACUAAAAUCCCUCAGUGCCCAUAUACUGGAUAUCCGAUGCCUCCACCAGCGAAAUCGAAUGUCUUCGACGAAUACACUCCGAAGAUUGGCUACAGUCCUAGAACCAAAGCAGAUAUCUCAUGUCCCAAGACAGAGACAAAUUUCUGCCCUAACUGUACCAUCCUAGCUGAGAGUUCUGUUGUAGACGUACCAUGUAAUAUGAAAUUCGUUGCUGUGGUGGAAAUUAUUGGAUCUAGCUUGCAUUCAUCGGAGAUGCCUCCUCUGCAAAUUUCGACAUUCCACGAUAUAUCAACCUACAGUUCUGGUCUACGUCUACAUAUUGGGGAAGCAUCGAAAAGAAGCAAUGACAUUAAAGGUGCUUGCAACAGUGUCACCUUGAAGUUGAAGAAUGUCAUCGCUCCCUCAGAACAUAAGAAAACUUCCGGAAUGAUUACCGCUUUUGCCGCUCCCUCAUGCAAUUGCCACAUGAUUGAAGCAGUUGGUGGUUAUGCCCUCUUCAUGUCCGAAACAUUCCCGGAGAAUUUCGACACUAUUCAGAUGGCACCAUCCAUCACUGCUGCAUGUUUGUCUCCAGGGACAACAGUGCUCAACUUGUGCCCAUCAGAGACUCCUGCUCCAGUCCCCAUUCCACCAACGCCAACGGAUGCUGAACUUACUCCUUCACCUCCAUAUUUUCCUCCUCCUCCAUCUCCUGACGAAUUAAAUCUGCCAUUAAUGCCUGAACUCCCUGAUUGCUUGACCUCCAACAUUUCCUGUCCAGUUUGCGAAGGGGUUCCCAUAACUCCAGAAGUGCACUGUUCUGCACAGUUAACAAUGAUGGUAAAGAUGCUGAAACCUUUGAUAGAAGAUCCUGACUCGAGUAACAAUUGCCUCACUGGCGUUUUGAACACUUUAUUUGAAGUAACUGCAGGAAAGCCAGUUCUCAAGCCAAACCUCAACAUUGUCAUCUCCAUCCCUAAGCAUUGUUACUGUCCUUUUCUAGAAACUUCUGCAAUUGCAUUAUUGGCAGUGCAAGAUCCAGUAACUCUGAGCAGUCCAAUCAACCUACAGAUGUCCAGUUCAGUUUCAAUUCAUCCACUUUCCGUCGGUGAAUUCAGGUUGCCUGUGUGCGGUUCACAGACCCUCCCAAAUCCCAGGACGGACCAGAUACCAGCAGAAAUUAUCUUGGAAACAGAAGACAGCGAAGUGAAAUUAUCUGCUGGAAUUAGCCCAACGGCAUGUCCAACGUUAGAUGGUUCUUGCCCCAGAUGUGAAACAAUGAACAGCGAGCAACUCAAAGAUUUUAUUUGCACCACUGACCAAGCUCUUUUAAUAUCUGGUCUUAAAUCAGCAGAUGUUGGAUUAAAGCGAAAUCAACCAACGAAAAUAACGGUGUCACAGAACCUAUCCCAAAACUUCACAGUUACUAUUGAAAUAAAACCAAAAGGGGACAAAGAGGUCUGUGAUUUACCCGUCAAAAAAGGAAGAUGCAAUAACUCUCAGUUGCGCUACUACUACGACAAGGAUAAAAAUGCGUGCGAAAAAUUUACAUAUACUGGCUGCAGUGGAAAUGCCAAUAAUUUCAUUUCGAUAGAAGACUGUGAAAAUUCUUGCUUGAAACCAUAUGACUGCGAAGAAGGAAGCUUCAGAAUCAUUAAGAAUGCAACACAUGGCCGAAUAGCGGAGAUGCAAAAGGAAUUUAAAUAUAUGGUACCCGACCACUGCAUUUGUCCGUAUAUUAAUGAAGAUCCACAGGAAAUAGCUAUCUUAGCAUAUAAUGUCACAGAUGAGAAUUUUGAUUCAGCUCAGUUAACAGAAAAUUACUACAUUAUACCAAUAGCUGAAGAUCAAUUUGAAGAGAUUACUGCAUGUGAGACAGAUCAUAUAUCUGCUAGAUCAAAGGCCACUGAUGAUAAGAAUAAAAAUCACAGUUUUGAAACUAAAGAUAAUGAAAUAGAAACCACAUCUGAUAUUUUUACUAACAUCACAGACUUGGAAGAAAAGAAUAAUAAUACAAGUAAAAAAGAGAAAGCAUGGAACUUCUUUGGCUAAAUCAAAAUUAUUGAAAAAUGAAAUGCUAUGUAUAUAAUGUGCAUUAAAUCAAAAGAUAAAUAAAAAAAGCUUACGAUGAAUAUAUAAAAA